CACCAUCAAUAUGCGUCUUUUCGUGCCGGCCAUUUUCGUCGUGGCCUUUGGCGUAGCCCUCUGCGGCGCGCUGCCUCUGCUGCCCUCGUGGACUUCGCCCUCCUCGUACGUGACGGAGCUGGCAGACCCGUCGUCGUCGGGCCCCUCGUUAGUCCUUCGCCUCCUCUCGUCUAGCCAUGGCCUCUUUACGCCGCGAAUGGUGCAGACGAGCCACAGCAGCGAGCCUUACUGGACCAACGAGAUCGGCAAGCACCUCUUGCGCCUCCGGGGCGUCAACUUCUUUGACGUGACCACCGACAUGGAGCAAGGCCCUGUCAUCACGGCAGCAAUGAAGCAACAGGAGCCUGUGUUCCCGACGAAGCUCAGCCACGCCAAGAAGCUGGACAGGGUGUAUGACGAGGUCUCAGAGGAUGGGCCCAGGGAGAACCUCGCAAAGUUCACCUCGUUCCGCAACCGCUACUACAAGAGUGAGACGGGUCGGAGCAGCCAGCUCUGGCUGCUCGAGAAGGUCAAGGAGAUCGCUUCCGCCAACAAGGACAUCACCGUCAAGGAAUUCGAGCAUGAAUGGGGCCAGAACAGCAUCAUUCUUCACGUGCCUGGGCGGAAGUCGAGCAACGUCUCUUCUUCGUCAUCUGACGCAGGCCUCACCAUCCUCGGCGCUCACCUCGACUCGACCCACCUGCUGCCGUUCCUGCCGGCCCCUGGUGCCGAUGACGACGGCUCUGGCACCGUGACCAUCCUCGAGGCACUGCGUGGCCUACUCGCCUCCGGCUGGCAACCCGAGACGGAUGUCGAGUGGCACUGGUACAGCGCCGAAGAGGGCGGCCUCCUCGGCUCGCAGGAGGUGGUGCGGGAGUACGUGAAGCGAGGAACACCGAUCAAAGCCAUGCUGCAGCAGGACAUGGUUGCCUUUGUCAAGCAGGGCACCCAGGAGCGCGUCGGCAUCGUCUCUGACUUUACGAAUGAGCCGCUGAGCAAGUUUGUCAAGCGUCUCGUCGACGCCUACCUCAGCAUCCCCUACGUCGACACCAAGCUCGGCUACGCGGCCAGCGACCACGGCUCCUGGAACAAGGCCGGCUUCCCAAGCGCAUUCGCCAUCGAGGCCACGUACGAAGACUGCAACCUGCGCAGGAUCCACUCGGGCAACGAUGUCAUCGACUACCCCGAGUUCUCCUUUGCCCAUCUCAUGCAGUUUGUCAGGCUCAGCUCGGCCUUUGUCGUCGAGCUGGGCGGCUGGGCAAAGUAGUGUCUCUUCUUUCUCCUUGUGUGAUGCCUACCUACUGCGCCGUGCAUGCAAUGAUGAAGAAAGCAAAUUUGCAGAUACAUUCUUGGUCGGGGCUCGCUAGCAGAUGCUCCAGCCAGUGUCCUUCCCGCCAACCAAGCAGCACUG